GGUCAUCUGCUCCACUUCUCUUCUGACUGUUAUGAAGUUUCAUCAUCUUCUUUCAAAACCUUUUCAGCUACUCUCAUCAUCUGUAUAAAUGUCUCAAAUCACAUGUUAUUGUCCAUUAAAUUAUUUCUCUUUUUGCCUGCAGGGAUUUGUUGACAGAGAAACUACUCUUAUUGGAACAUUGACAGUCCGUGAAUUCCUCUACUACUCAGCAUAUAAAACAGUAAGCUGUCUUUCUUAGAUUUGGUUGCAAGAUUAUUGAUUUGUUAUAUGACUUGCAUAUUUCAGAAUUUUUACUGGAUAAGAUUAGGGACAUUCUUUUUAUACUGCUUCACGUUUGUGGAUUCUUUGCUUAAAUUUUUUUUUGUCUUCCAUAUUUAGUAAAUACAAUGGUCGAUGAAGGGUCUAAACUUGAUCGGUUCAAACUUAAUAUUCUCACCUUUGUAUGCAAUGCAACUUAUCAUUUAUGGGAUGAGAUUUUAGUAUUUGUUAAAACCUAAUUGAUUCUUUCACUUGCAUAAAAAGUGCUGGUUAUGUUGAAGCUGUUUCUACAUUAUAUACGCCUCUGAAUAACUAUGUGCAAUUGCCUGCCGAUGUUACUGUUAAUUUUGUUAUUUUCUGUUAGUAAAAAUGUUACUGAUAAAGCCCUAGGAUGAGUCAUCGAAUACAUCUCCUUCCUUCAUUAAACUUCUGCAAAAACAAGAAAAGCAAGUCAAAAACCUCACCAACAAUCGCGCUAAGCAGGACGAAUAUCAAGAUUCAGAGUCAGUGUAUUCUGCUUUUUAUAAUUUUCUACUUCUAUACGAUGUAAGGGGUGAAAUGAAGUGUUACCAGAUGAAUGCAAAUAAGAAUAUGUUGUUGAUGAAAAAACCAUUAACUGUAGAAAUAUUUGAUGAUUGAUAUAUAGGUGUUAUAAAUGUGUUUAACUUAAAGAAACUUGUAUCUUUUUUUUUGAGUUGAACAUGUAGGAGAAAUCAUUAUUUGUUUACUUCAUUUUGAGAGAAGCAUUGUUUUGUCAGAAAGCAAAGUAUUGUUGGCAAAGAAAAACUAAUGUAUGUAUUAAUUACUUUUAUGAGAAUAUAGGAAUAUUUUACAACAAUAUUUGUGUAUCUGCAAAAGAAUAUAAACCACCUUAGACUGAAAUUUACCUUUGCCAAUAUAUCGGGAAGACUUGAAAUAACGAUAAAAUUGUUCAUGUUCUAAUACUGUUAGCAGGUUUGUUGCUAUUGGAAACGCAAGAAUAGUACAUCCUAGAUACUACAACAAUACAAUGACAAGUCUAGAAGAGCUCGAGAACCAGUGCCUACCAAUUAGCAAGUUGAAGAAAUAUGCAACAGAAUGGGUUAUUAAAGUCUUAGUCAUUCGUCGGAGUUUAACAAAAGAGUAUAAAAAUACAAAUGGUGAAGGUAUUCGUUGGCAACUGAUAUUAGUCGAUGAAGAGGGUACAAAAAUACAAACCACUCUUUUCAACAAAGAUGUUCAUGCAUGGAACAAGUCUUUUCAACUUAAUCAAAGUUACUACAUUAUAAAUGGAAAAUUAAAUCGACCUAAACCAAACUUCUUAUCCGUACAUAAGGAGCUCGAACUAGCAUUUAUGAACAACACCGAGGUCGUUGAGGACAAAAGUCAUUUUAAGACUGAUCAAUUUUCAAAUGGAUUUAUUACAUUUGAUGAAGCUGAAAAAAUCACUAAUGGAAGUUUGUUUGAUGUGGUGUGUAUUUUACUCACAGUAAAAGCACUAACUGGAGAAGGACGAAGCAUUAGACGCGAAGUAAUCGUUACAAACGAAAGGUAUGAUCGAAAAGUCAUGACUUUAUGGGGAGACUUUGCUGAAAUCGAAGGUCAAAUGUUACAAAGCCUUGAAAGUGAAAAACCAGUUCUUGCCUUUUGUGAUGUAAAAUCAUCAAUUUAUCAAGGGGAUUUUGUCCUUUCCACAACUCCUGUUAGUAGUUUGCUUAUAAAUCCACAAUUUGAAAAAGCGAACAAUCUCCAAAAAUGGAAUGACAACAUGAAGGCAGAAAAGAUUGACAUAAGUCUAAUGCCAAGCAGACUGAUGCAAACUGCCCGUCAAGUGAAAAUUAGUAAUAUUUUAAAUGGUUCACUUGCCAUUGUGAAGGACAUGUACUAUAAGUUCAAUGCUACGGUUACUGACAUUGACAGUAACACCGACCCAUGGUAUCCUGGUUGCAACAAAUGCUACAAGCGAGUUACUGUUAUAAAUAGUGUUGCAACUUGUACCUACUGUAGAGCUGAAGAUGUUGAUUAUGAGGCGAGAUAUCGGUUAAAGAUUGAUGUCACUGCUGAGGAUCAAUUUCUAAGCAUUACAAUGUUUGAUGCUGCAAAAUACUAUUUUGGUUGUAACGUAAAAGAGUAUGUUCUCUCUACAUCUGAAAAGAAAGAACAAUCACCAUACUAUCGCAAGAUGGUAUUGAGUAAAGGGAAAGAAUUCAGUAUACUUGUUAAGAUUGAUCGUAAAUUCCCAGAUGUUGACACAAACAUGAAUGUGAUAGCUAUGGAGAUACAUGAGGUUUCCAAAAAAUUACCACCAGAUCAAACCAAGGUUAAAAUUCCAAUUACAAAACAAAGAAGCAAGAGGACGAAGAUACUAAGUGAUGAUGAAAAAAUGAAAGGAAUAGUUGCAGGCAUACCUCAUAUUGAAAAAGAUAUUGCAGCAGUUGAAACUGACAUUGAAAAUCCACACAAAAAAAAUACAUGCAAGAGGACUAACAACAUUAAGCAAGUCAUUGCAGAUGAUAAUCCACAGAAAUUGAGGAUACAUGAGGUAGAAAAACAUAUUGUACUAGAUGAAAGUGACGACGAAGCCCCACUAAUUCAACUACAAAGAAAAAGGACCAGGAAGGUUAAAGGAAAAAACAUCAUGCCCUAUCCGAUGGAAAAGAAGAUCAAAGAGGAAAAAAAUAAUAUAUAAUUGAUUUAAAGUUUCCUUAUUUUUAUCUACCAAUGCUUAUUAUCUCCCUAAUAUUUAAAAAUAACUUACAUUUUUUCACCAAGCAACUUCACCUAACAUCGCUUUUAUUUUUAGCUUACUUUCCUAUAUCCAUGAAUUUUGUUAACUGUUUCACUAAACAUUCAAUGUAUGCAAUUUAUUACUUCAAAACAGAUCAACAACAAUCUUCUGCUGCAAUGUAUAUCCUCAUACAUAAAAAAAGAUCAAUGCUAAAUUACAUAUACUAAAUAGGAAGAGAUAAGAGAAGUGUCACACCAACAAUCCAAAUUUUAUCACCAUCAAAUCAACAAUGACACACAACCAACAUCAAGGUGAUACAACUAUAACCACUCCUUUCAUGCCAAAUCAAGCAGGUGAUAAAGGAAAAAACAUUCCUUCUACCAGUAAAACUCAUCAGCAUGACAACAAUAUAAAAAAAAGUUCAACCAACACAGGUAAGAACUUA